AUGGCCGUAGUGCUGAGCUUUGGCUUCUACAAGAACGACCUGCGCGAGGAUAUGCCGCGCGUGGUGGCUUUCGUGGACAUGGGCCACUGUGCGCUCCAGGUGGUGCUAGAGUCCUUCAACAAGGAGCGGCUCAAGAUGCUCGCCACCACCAUUGAUGGAGUCAAAGGCCGCGACUUCAACAUGGUGCUGGUGCGCUACUUCAUCCAGGAGUUCAAGAAGCGCUACAAGCUGGACUUGGCCGCCAACUGGAGCGCCCGCAUGCUCCGCAUCACCGAAUGCGAGAGGCUCAAGAAGCGGAUGAGUGCCAACUCGCACGACUUGCCGCUCAACAUCGAGUGGUUCAAGAACGACGGAGACGUUGCGGGAAAGAUGAAGUGGGAGACCUUCGAGGCCAUGUCCACCGAACUGCUAGCGCGUGCCGAGCGCAGCAUGGCCUGGGCGCUGAAGGUGGCCGGGCUGCGGCCGACGGACGUGGAGUCGGUGGAGCUGGUCGGAGGCGGCGUCCUGGUUCCGGCGGUCAAACAGUUGGUCCGCAAGGUGCUUCAACGGGAGCCCUUGACGACACUGUGA